AUGGCAAUUCUAACAGUCCAGGUCCCCCAAGGUGCUACUGGUGGUAGCACUCUGCAGAUCACUGAUCCUGCUACAGGCAGACCAAUGCAGGUACAGGUGCCGGCUGGCCUUAAACCUGGUGAUACGUUCAACGUUGAGGUUUCACCAACAGUAGUGACAGCUCAACCUUACGACAGUGGAUACGGCGGCUAUGAUUCUUAUGGGAACUCAUAUCAACAUCCUCCUCACCAGACAGUCAUUAUCACGGAUAGUGGUCGCCCACAGUCGGACGAUAAUGCCCAGGCUGCAGCAUCAGCUGCUAGUUGUUGUCUCUGUCUCUCUACUAUGCUGUCAUGUUGCCUCCUUGGUGAGGCCAUCGGAUGA